CCCGGUGGCUGCUGCCGCUGCUCUCCCGCCGUCUGCCUGGGUCGCUCCUGUGGCGGCGGUCGCAGCAGGCAGCAUGGCGGCGGUGGAAGCCCGGGUGUGCGAGACGGCGGGAUGCAGCAGCGAGGCCAAGCUGCAGUGCCCCACCUGCAUCAAGCUGGGCAUCCAGGGAUCCUACUUUUGCUCGCAGGAAUGUUUUAAAGGAAGCUGGGCUACUCACAAAUUGCUACACAAGAAAGCAAAAGAUGAGAAAGCAAAACGAGAAGUUUCUGCCUGGACUGUAGAUGGAGACAUAAACACAGAUCCCUGGGCUGGUUAUCGAUAUACUGGGAAACUCAGGCCACAUUAUCCACUGAUGCCAAUGAGGCCUGUGCCGAGUUACAUUCAAAGGCCAGAUUAUGCAGAUCAUCCUUUAGGUAUGUCUGAGUCAGAACAGGCCCUUAAAGGAACAUCUCAGAUAAAGAUCCUUUCUUCAGAAGAUAUAGAAGGGAUGCGAGUUGUGUGUAGGCUUGCUAGAGAAGUCUUAGAUGUUGCUGCCAUGAUGGUGAAGCCAGGUGUAACCACUGAAGAAAUAGAUCAUGCUGUUCAUUUAGCAUGCAUUGCCAGAAAUUGCUACCCAUCUCCACUGAAUUAUUAUAAUUUUCCUAAGUCUUGCUGUACAUCAGUAAACGAAGUCAUCUGCCAUGGCAUUCCAGACAGGCGACGCUUACAAGAGGGUGAUAUUGUUAAUGUGGACAUUACUGUUUAUCGUAAUGGUUAUCAUGGGGAUCUCAAUGAGACAUUUUAUAUUGGAGAGGUUGAUGAGGGUGCAAAACGAUUAGUUCAGACAACAUAUGAAUGCCUAAUGCAAGCAAUUGAUGCAGUAAAGCCUGGUGUACGGUAUCGAGAAUUGGGAAAUAUUAUACAGAAACACGCUCAAGCCAAUGGAUUUUCAGUAGUUCGGAGCUACUGUGGGCAUGGGAUUCAUAAGCUUUUCCACACUGCUCCCAAUGUGCCACAUUAUGCCAAAAAUAAGGCUGUUGGAGUAAUGAAGCCUGGUCAUGCAUUUACGAUAGAACCAAUGAUCUGUGAAGGUGGCUGGCAAGACGAAACCUGGCCCGAUGGUUGGACAGCUGUUACCCGAGAUGGCAAGCGGUCUGCUCAGUUUGAGCACACACUCCUGGUCACAGAUACUGGGUGUGACAUCUUAACCCGGCGGCUGGAUAGCAUUCGUCCUCACUUCAUGACCCAGUGCUAGUAAAAGCCACGUGAAGAGCUUGAAAUGAGCAUUUGUACUAUGCAUUUUACUAAUGUACAGGAUGAAAGGGGGAUUUUAUCACCUGUUUUCUUGUCAUUGCCUAUAGGUAAGAGAAAUGCAAAUCUGCAUCGUACAACUUGGAAGAAUCUGAUGCAGAGGACCCCAACACUGUUUGAACUUUUUAAAAGAAUUUCCAAGUAGCACCCCUUUGUUUUCCUUUCCAUCCACCAAAAGAAAACCACAGCAAAAACAAAAACAAAAAAAAAGCUGGGAUUCAGAUGAUUUUGUCACUGCUAUAGUUGUCAGCUGGUGUACCUAAGACAACAUUUUCAUGGUGAAUGUGAGAGCCUACCUUAGGUUUUGAACUUUUCUUGUUCCAAAGGCAAUCCCUGCUUAGCUUGUGCUGCAAAGGCAGUUUUAAACAGGCUAGGCUUUCAUCUGUUUACAACUCAGAGGUGGCAUUAUAUACUACAAAAAUGAAACUAGUACUGUGUACUAGUCCCUCUAGAACCUUGUCUGCCUUUCCUUCUACCAUUUUGGUUGCCUCCGUUGUAAUUGUACAUAGAAGUACAAUAACUGCUAGUUAAGUGAAGAGAGUUUGUUUGCCUUUGCCCUGUAAAAAACCGUAAAGUGAGGCAGGGAGGCCAAAAUUACUGAGAUCCUGCCUGGAUUGAGCUUUUACCAAAUUACAGCUUUAAGAUGGGUAGCACUUGAUAGCCAAUAAGGGUCUAAAAUUUCACUAGUACAAAGCUGUUAUUCCAAUUGAAAUAGAAAAAAAAAUACAAAGAAUUCCUGUCCACCAUGUAUAU